AUGGGCAAAGGCCAAAGCAAACUGUCCAAGGACGAGCUCCAGGAACUUAAAAAGGCAACACACUUUGACCGCAAAGAACUACAACAGUGGUACAAGGGGUUUCUUAAAGAUUGUCCAUCAGGACACCUUGACCAAGAAGAUUUCCAGAAAAUCUACAAGCGAUUUUUCCCAUUCGGAGACCCAAGCACAUACUCUGAAUAUGUAUUUAAAGUCUUUGACAAGGAUAAAAAUGGAUACAUUGAUUUUUCAGAGUUUAUAAUCGCUCUCUCCAUAACAUCACGCGGCUCUUUUGAUGAAAAACUUAAGUGGACUUUUGGACUUUAUGACUUGGACGAUGAUGGAUAUAUUUCUUAUGACGAAAUGCUGGCCAUCGUCUCUGCUAUUUAUAAAAUGGUCGGCUCCAUGGUUAAAUUACCAGAAGAUGAAUCAACUCCUGACAAACGCGUUCAGAAACUUUUUUCAAUGAUGGACAAAAAUAAAGAUGGACAAAUCUCAUUUGAGGAGUUUAAAGAAGGCGUUCAUUUAGAUCCAACAAUUAUGUCUGCAUUACAAUUGUACGAUGGUUUAGUAUAA